AUGGCUGCUGCGCACUCCAAUAUCGCACGCUGGCAACAUGACUUACUGCCACAUAUUGUUGACAGAUUAGCACGCGAGUCACCAGAUGUCGCGUACGGUCUUUGGCCUACCGCAUCAGCGUCAUAUCAUGCAGGUUUCGAAACCAUUACUUAUUCUCAGUUUGCCAACGCGGUCAAUGGUUUGGCAUGGUGGCUUGUGCAGCAGUUGGGCCCGGGUCACGGAGAUGUCAUUACUUAUGUUGGCCCUAACGAUGUCCGACUGACAGCCCUGCUGGUAGCCGCCAUCAAAACACACCAUGUGGUCUUCUUGACAUCACCGCGAAACAGUGCGGCCGCCCAUAGUGUGCUGUUUGAGACUCUAAAGUGCAAAACACUUGUCACGACUGAUCCAGUACCGCCACCAGCUCUUGCCAUCAUUGAGGCUGUACAGCCACGCCGGCUUAUUGCUCCAGACCUUGACGACCUCGUUGGUAAAACCCAUCAGCACUAUAACUGCGACAGGACAUACGAGAAAAACUGCUGGGAUCCUAUUUGGGCUAUACACACAUCUGGGUCAACAGGUUUCCCAAAACCCAUCAUCUGGACGUCUGAAGCAGUUGCGCGCCACCACAAUGGUUCAGAUUAUACGCCGCUUGAAGGAGUACCUUCUCUUGACCACUUCCUUCGUGGCAAGAGGGUAUUGACAACUUUACCCUCCUUUCAUGGGGCUGGCUUGGCACAGUACUUGUUCUACGCUGUUCCGUUCGGCAAUACAGUAAUUGCACCAACGGCAGCAGCAAUCCCCACUGCGCAAGGCAUUAUGGCCGCACUCAAACAAACAACAGCUGAUGUCGCAAUAUUGGUGCCAUCGGUAGUGGCAGAGUUGGCACAGGACCCGGUCUGCCUUGACUACGUCGCAGCCAACCUCAAGUUGAUUGUGUACAUUGGGGGUGAUCUCCCGCAAGCUGUUGGUGAUCGCGUGGCUGCUAAAAUACCACUUCGUUGCCAAUGGGGUGCAUCUGAAGUUGGCUUACCUCACCAACUUUGGCCGUCUGAACUGGGGCCACAAGACUGGCGCUACAUCCGCUUUCAUCCAUGCACUGGCGCCGUAUUCGAAGAGUCUUUGACCGGUACAUACGAGCUGGUGUUUCGGAAAAAAACAUCUUUGGCCGCCACGCAACCCGUGUUCAGCAUCUUGGGCCAAGAUCAGCUCGAGGAGUACCGUACUCGUGAUCUCUUCGAACCUCAUCCAACAGUCGCCGAUGCCUGGUGCUGGCGGGCUCGUGUUGAUGAUGUGAUAGUCUUUCUCAAUGGCGAGAAGACGAAUCCAAUCAUGAUGGAACAGAGUACUGUAGCCAAAAACCCCGAGUUGAGUGGCGCUAUUGUUGUUGGUACCCAGAGAUUCCAGGCCGCACUUCUGGUUGAACCGGUUCCCACAGUCGCCGCCAUAAGCACUGCAGAUCAGGCUGCUCUGAUAGAACGCAUUUGGCCAAGUAUUGACGAGGCCAACAGCAUUGCCCCUGCCCACGCACGUGUAGAGAAGUCUAUGAUCCUCGUUACUGUCCCAGAACGACCGAUGAUACGUACCGGCAAAGGUACAAUCCAAAGGGAUGCUAGCGUGGCUCAAUAUUCUAAAGAAUUUGAUAAGCUGUACUCAGAUGCAAAUGCUAUCCUUGAAGACGAGAUCUCCGAUGAGAUGCCAAACCUAACGGAUACCAACAUGGUCACACAACUAAUUCGGGACGCUAUCCUCAUAACAACAGGCUGGCACGACGUAGCCGACUCUACAAACUUCUUUGAUAACGGUAUGGACUCACUUCAAGCACUCCGGAUCACCCGCGCCCUCCGACGUGGUCUUAGAAGGAACAAUAUUGCUUUGUCUACAGUAUAUCAGAAUCCUACCAUUGUACAACUGAAGACCGCAAUCAUCACGCAAAGAAGUGGUGAAGACGAUGGCGCCAUUAUGCAAUCAUUGUUGUCCACCUACCAGGGGCUUAUACAUCAGAUCGAGUCGUCAAAGUCGUCUAACACAAAUCAUAGUGGAACCAUAGAUGUCGUACUAACUGGGUCGACUGGAACAUUGGGAACAUUCAUACUAAGGGCCUUGCUUGAUCAUCGGAGCAUAGGCCACAUCUUUUGCUUGAACCGUAGCGCGGAUGGCGGUCGUGCUGCUCAGUGGGAUCGCUUUAAAGCCACAAACCUUACAGGGAAAGGGCUCGAUGACAGAGUCACUUUCCUUCAGUCCAACUUAGCACUGCCAUUGCUAGGACUCGAAGAAGCUACAUAUGAAACGUUGCGAUCUCGUGUGGGACUGAUCGUUCACAACGCCUGGCCGGUCAAUUUUAAUCUGGGUUUACUGUCCUUUCGACCGCAACUGGCUGGGAUAGUGAACCUAUUUGCACUCUCAAACGCCUCAACUACACAGAAGAUGAAAUUAUUGUUUAUUUCAUCGGUAGGGGUUGUGACCGGAAGCUCGUCCAGUUCGGAACUUGCCCAAGAAUCCUUGGUCGAGUUGCAAAGUACGCCGCACAGCAACGGUUACUCCAGAAGCAAGCUUUUAGCAGAACAUCUAUGUCAUUAUGGCGCUCGUCACCUGGGUGUCCCUGUAGCAAUUGCACGAGUAGGUCAGGUUGCCGGCGCCAUCCAUACCAAAGGCAUCUGGAAUCCUUCGGAGUGGCUCCCGAGCCUUGUUAUAGGCUCGCGACAGCUCGGAUGCUUGCCGAACAAUCUAGGACCUCAGUUUUCCGUGAUUGACUGGGUACCGGUCGAUGCUUUAGCCGACAUAGUAGUUGACCUUGUGGCCCAUCUCACUGGAGACGAAACAUGGGGCUCUAAGGGGGCUGAGGUGUUCAACCUACGAAACCCAUCUACAACCACCUGGGAAGGCCUCUUGCCAGUGAUUAAGGAAGGUAUUGAGUCUCAUCUGGGUCGAGCAGUUGACGUAGUGCCGCCAGAGACGUGGCUAGCUCAACUGCAGACAACUACUGAAGUAGUGAUGACUGAGAGCGAGGAGGUCAUCUCCAAAGACAUAGCUGGGACAAAUCCAGCAAUUAAGUUGCUUGAAUUUUACCAGAAUGGACUGUGGAGUGAAGAUCAAGUUACGGCGUCAAUGGCUGUUGAGCGGGCUCUAGCAAUUAGCCCGACGCUGCAGGAAUUAUCACCUGUUCGUCACAGCUGGAUGCGCAAAUGGGUUGACGAGUGGCUGGCUUCGAUUUCAGCAGAGAAUACCGCAGCACGGGGAUAA